AUGUUCCUAACGGUGUACCUGAGCAACAGUGACAAGCACUUCACAGAGCUACCGAUCACACCGGAGACUCUGUGUCGAGAUGUGCUGGACAUGUGUAAAGAGCCGGGAGAAGUGGACUGCUAUCUGGCUGAGAUGUGGAGAGGAUCUGAGCGUGUGAUUGGUGACAGCGAGCGAAUCAUUGAAGUGCUGCAGCGCUGGGGUCAGCAGAGGGCAGAGGUGCGAUUCUUCCUGCGCCACGACCGAGCACCGGGACACGAUACAGGAGGUCACAGAACUCCAGAGUCUCUUGCCAAACGCACUAACGCAGUAAAGGACAGACUAAUGGAGAAUGGGAUGGCAGCCCCUCAUAUGGACAUCACUCUCAGCGAGUUGCAAGAAAUGGCUUCACGGCAACAGCAGCAGAUUAACGCACAACAACAACUCCUGGCCACAAAGGAACAGCGACUGCGAUUCCUGAAGCUACAGGACCAGCGGCAACAGCAGCAGCAGGUGUCCGAGCAGGAGAAACUGCGACAGCUGCGUGAGAAUGCAGAGAACCAGGAGGCCAAACUGCGCAGAGUUCGAGCUCUGAAAGGACAAGUGGAACAGAAACGCAUCAGCAAUAGCAAACUAGUGGAGGAAAUCGAGCAGAUGAAUGGUCUGUUCCAGCAGAAGCAGCGGGAGCUGGUGGUGGCCGUUAGCAGGGUGGAAGAGUUGAGUCGACAACUAGACGUGUUACGUAGUGGAAAAAUGGACAUGCCACACGAGGCUGGACCGAGCUCCAGUGGAGAACUGGAGCGACUGUACAAAGAACUUCAGCUGAGGAAUAAAUUGAAUCAGGAGCAAAGUGCCAAACUCCAGCAGCAGAGAGAGAAUCUAAACAAGAGGAACGUAGAAAUGGCCGCCAUGGACAAAAGAGUGGCUGAACUGAGAGAAAGGCUGUGGAAGAAAAAAGCUGCUCUUCAACAGAAAGAGAACUUGCCUCAGCCAUCUGAAGGGCAGAACCCUCAGUCUAUUGGCCCUUCCAGGGUUGCUGCUGUCGGGCCAUACAUCCAGACCACCCCAGCUCCUCCACUUCCCCCCAAGCAAGAGAUUUUAGUGAAGCCUGCUUAUCCUGAUGGCACAGCUACCCUUCCCAAACCUCUCCCAAAACCAACCACAGGUGGUUUCUUAACAGGCAAGAUAUCCAAGAUGUCAGACUUGUUCUCCAGCACAGAAACCAGCAAAAGUUCCCAUGUCCACUCAUCCACCCUUCCCCGCAUGACCAGUCACGGAUCCCAGGAGAAAGAUCCUGAGGUAGAUUUGAGACCGCCACCAUUGCCAUUACGCAAGAACCAGAGUAGUGAGGACCUCUUAAGGGAUUCCCAGUCUGCAGGUAGAACAUUUGAGAAGGUUCCACCUCCUGUUCCCAGUAAGCCCAAACCUGCUCUGUCAGGCCAGUCCACCUUCAGUAAGCUUCCUUACAGCACGGGCACAUUCCCUGGCAAAGCAAGAUCAGCCAACCAAAAACCUCCAAUGCCCCUUCCAUCCCACAACAACACCUUACCCCUACCUCUACCCCCUAAACCAGACACCUUACCUGCUGCAACAGUACGGCCUUUCACCUCAGAUACUUUGGCAGGAAAAGACACGUCGACCCCCACUACACUCCAUAAGCCCCAGACAGUGGCAGCAAGUUCCAUCUACUCAAUGUAUACCCAACAAAGCACUCUUGGAAAGGGUUACCAGGGGCAAAGUACUUUGACCCGUUCACAACCUCGACUAUACGGUAAGCCAGUCAUCCCAUCCAGUGUGGGACAGCAGUCCUUUAUCCAGGACUUCAGUCAUAUUGAAAAAAUCUGUGGUCUAGACGGUGACCAAGUGGACCAGGGCAGCAGUAACACAGCCCCUGCAUCCUCCUCUGUUGAGGGCCAGGAGGCAGAACGUGUUCCCCGACCCCUCAGUCCAACCAAACUUCUCCCGUUCCUCUCAAAUUCUCAUCGACUCCAGAGUGAUGUUGACCUGGAGGCCCUCAGGAAGAGACUGCACAAUGCGCCUAGACCUCUUAAAAAGCGUGGCUCUAUAACCGAAUCCGAGGGGCCCGGUGGACCCAACAUUCAGAAGCUCCUCUACCAGAAGACUACAUUGGCAGCUAUGGAGACUAUCGCCCCAGCUGCUUUCUUUCCGGCAGAAGGUGAAGAUGGAUGCAGGCCUGUAACUAAUGAAAGCACUAGACCCCAGGAGGGACACCAUGAUAAUACGAUACCUGAGUGUGAGAGAGAAGAGGAAGAGCUGACGCCUCCACCGCUUCCACCUCGAUCUCCAAUCCUGGAUGACAACUCCAAUUUUAGCACUGGACUGAAUGAACCUCAGCUAAAGGAAGAACAGGAAGUCUAUGGCCCAGCUGCUCCAGAGCCAUAUGUUGAGGAGUACCCACCUUACCCUCCACCUCCAUAUCCUAGUAUGACAGAGCAGGAGGGACCAGGGGAGGACAGCAUCAAUAUGAAGGCUCCAGAGGUCACGGGACAGGUCAUGUUACCACCGGGCAAGAGAACUAACCUGCGCAAGACUGGCUCAGAGCGCAUUAACCACGGGAUGCGCGUGCGCUUUAACCCCCUGGCCCUCCUGCUGGAUUCCUCUUUAGAGGGCGAGUACGACCUUGUCCAGAGGAUCAUAUAUGAGGUGGACGACCCCAGUUUGCCCAAUGAUGAGGGCAUCACUGCCCUGCACAAUGCUGUAUGUGCUGGACAUACAGAAAUCGUUAAGUUCCUGGUGCAGUAUGGGGUGAAUGUGAAUGCCGCUGACAGCGAUGGAUGGACUCCCCUGCACUGUGCCGCUUCUUGUAAUAAUGUGCAAGUGUGUAAAUUCCUGGUGGAAUCGGGAGCUGCUGUGUAUGCCAUGACCUACAGCGACUUGCAGACAGCAGCAGACAAGUGUGAAGAGAUGGAGGAAGGUUAUGCCCAAUGCUCUCAGUUUCUCUAUGGAGUGCAAGAGAAGAUGGGCAUCAUGAACAGAGGCGUAGUGUAUGCCCUGUGGGACUAUGAUGGUGAGAGCCCAGAUGAGUUGUCAUUUAAGGAAGGAGACUGCCUGACUGUCCUACGAAGAGAGGAUGGGGAAGAAACAGAGUGGUGGUGGGCAAGAUGUGCUGACAAUGAGGGCUACAUACCUCGCAAUCUCCUUGGGCUGUACCCCAGAAUCAAGCCCAGACAGAGGAGCCUGGCGUAGGAAU